AUGUCACAUUCUCAAGAGCACGAGGUCCCUGAAAGGGUCCAUGCCGAUACAGAGAGCAAACAUGAAGAGGAAUUGCGUUAUUAUACCACUGUCACUGAAACCGGCACACAAGAAUACAAUAAGCAGGAGGAUGCUGCUGCUGCUGCCGAUGACCAAUCAUCUGCCGACAUUCAUGACAAGGAAUUAUCAGAUGGUGUUGCUCGAGUCGAGGCUGCUCAAAAAGUAUGGGGCAAGCGUGGUUACAUUUUCUUGCUCUGUGGUCUCUUUUUGGCUUCGUAUAUCUAUUCGCUUGACGGUGUUACCACCUACCAAUAUUUGGCCACAGCCACAUCGGCAUUGAGCGAACAUUCCAUGUCCGGUACUGUUAGCACAGCUGGUGCUAUCAUUAUUGCUGUCGGCAAGCCUUUCAUGGCCAAGCUUGCUGAUUACAUUGGUCGUGGCGAAACCUACAUUGUUGUCGUUGUCUUGUAUUGCGUUGGAUACAUCCUUUAUGCAUCCGCUCAACACAUUGACCAAUUUGCCGGUGCUCAAAUCAUCUAUUCUUUCGGCUACACUGGUCUUCAAAUGCUGACCCAGGUGGUGCUUGCUGAUGUCACAACAUUGAGAUAUCGUGCAUUCUGGAUUGGUGUUAUGACUAUGCCUUUUGUCAUUAAUACAUGGAUCGCUGGUGAAAUCACUAAUGGCGUGCUAUCGGGUGGUGGAUGGCGUUGGGGCUAUGGUAUGUUCGCCAUCAUGGUACCUGCUUGCCUAGCACCGGUCAUUGGUUCGUUGCUAUGGGGUCAAUGGAAAGCACGCAAGUUGAACUUGUUACAAGAAAAGUACAACCCCGAUAAGAACUUUUUCAAGCAUCCCAUUCGUGCAUCCAAGGUUGCUUUCCGUGAUAUGGACAUCCCAGGCCUUAUCUUGGUUGGCGCUGCACUUGCAUUGAUUCUUCUUCCAUUAACGCUUGCACCAAGUGCAAGCCAAGGAUGGAACACACCAUCCAUGAUUGUUAUGAUUGUGAUCGGUUGUGUCCUAUUGCCCGUAUGGGCUGUUUGGGAAGUGGUGUUUGCCGAACGUUGGGGUUUCCAGCCUAUUGCACCCAUGCGCUUCUUCAAGAACUACAACAUUUCAGCCGCAUGCUUUAUCGGCUUUUUCGAUUUCGUAUCAUUUUACUUGCAGUACACGUACCAGUAUUCAUUUGUCGCCGUCGUCAAGGCCGAUUGGUCGCUACGCGACUUGUCUUACUUUAGCUCGACACAAACAGUGGCAUUGACGGUGUUCGGUAUGGCUGCUGGUAUCAUCCUUAUUUGGUGGAGACGUCCCAAAUGGUUGUUGUUCAGUGGUUUGCUCAUCCGUUUGCUUGGUGUUGGCUUGAUGAUUCACUCACGUGGCGCCAAUGGCACUGAUGCCGAAUUGGUAUGGUGUCAAAUCUUGCAAGGCAUUGGUGGUGGUUUUGCAGCUGUCAUCAUGCAGCUUGUCGCUCAAGCUCUUGUGGCACACACAGACGUUGCUAUUGUCACUGCAUUGGUGCUUCUCAUCACUGAAAUCGGCAAUUCGGUUGGAUCGGCUAUUGCCACUGCUGUUUGGACCAGCCAAAUGCCUAAUGAGCUUGCCGCACACGUUCCUACCGAUAACCAGACUUUGCUCAACGAGUUGUAUUCUUCCAUCACUGUCAUCCAAAGCUAUCCUUCCGAUGACCCAAUUCGUCAAGGCGCUAUUGCUGCUUAUGACCAAGUCAUGUUCCAUCUCGUCCUUGGUGCCACCAUUGUUGCUAUCUUCCCACCUAUUGUUGCUUUCUUCUUCGUUGACGACAUUACCCUUGACGACAAGCAAAACAAACUCGACAACCGUGACCUCACCGGUAAAAAGAACACUACCGUUGACAAGGCCGAAGAAAACGUUUAA